AGCCACCACCACUUUGGGAUUCCACGGAAUGGUCUAAAGGCAAAUAAAUCAAUGCAGUUUUUUUUUUUUUUGAAAAAGAGAAUUCUUAUUUUGCAUGCCGGCACGUCAACUAGCACGUAGUCGGAAUCCCUCAUCUACUACUACUAUCCAAUAGCAAAUUAGUAUCUCACGUCAUGGUUAUCGUCUUCUAGGAUAUUGGAGUCUCUCUAAAGGGCGGAUGUCCCAUGAUUAUUUUGAGCUUCUGACGGAGUUAGUUUCGGGGACUUUUACAACAGUUAUUAUUUCGCCACCAAUAGACCAACUCACACGUCUCGGGUUUACGCCGUCUCCUUUUUGGUACACUUACUUUGCCAAGCCAUGGCGCCGUUAGGAAUCACCAAGACUAUUGAUGGUUUACGAAAGAAAAACUCCAUCCAUGGCAACAUCAGGGCGCCACAGCACAGAAAUGGUAUCAUAUCCCCGUUUACUUCCCCAUACACGAACCACAUGAGCGCCAACGAUGUCUGAAACAGGCUACACCAAAACACAGGAACAAUGGCCGGUUGCAGAUAAGCCUACAUCUCUAUUGGUGAGAGAAACAAAUGGGGCUAGAGAGCAAGGCUUCGGCGGCGCAUUCGAACGAACUGCUUGGCAGUUGGCUCUACAAAAAAUCCAACCGUUUUGGGGUAUAGUUCUAUCUUUGUGAGCACCCUUGUCUUGCGAGUGACGUCCCAACCCCAGACUUUGCUGAGUGGAGCCGAUUAAUGCAAAGGUACCAAAGGGGAAAGUCAUGGAGCGUUGGCGAAGAUUGUAAAUGUAUUAUACCAUUUCUCAAAAACGGUGGAUGCUGCCAGUGUAUGUCGUCAGUUUUGGCGAAGCGACUGGCAUAUUGGGGGGCAAUGGGCUUUCGUAGUCUAUCAACGACUUGCCUUCUACGGUACACGAUCAACAACACUGCUAUCAUUAAGUCCCUGGGCCAAGUAGUGUCUAGUCUAAUAUCUGGGAGCAUCACAAGACGAGCGUCAACGUCCAACAGCCGGCGCCUUGGUGGCAGGGUCACAGUAUACUUCCCCAGCUCAGUAGUCUAUGGGAGGUAAUCACCAGCAUCGCUAGAGCCCAAUUCAAGAGAAGAUGAGGCGAAGUGCAUACGGUGAAUAGAGCAGGGUGCACCUGCAUGCGUGCAUGACCAGAGGGAGCGAACGAACGGAACAUUCUCUGCACGCGACAACCUGAGAGUGCAUAGGCCCUCAGUCCAGCCCAACGCCACAGAAUGGAUUUCCCUGCCAUGGGCGUCCUGGCGCCCCCACCAAGAGAAGAAGGUUUCGGUCGAUUGCGCCUACCGUGUGGCACACCACCACGGUAGCGCCAAGACAAGCCAAAGCGACGCCAACCAAAAGUUCCAACCAACAGUGGCCAGGACCACCUCAGGGGAUGGCCGGGGAUAGUGCGUUCGGAGCUCCAAGACGGCCAAGCCAGCCUCCAGAGCACGAUGAUCUAGCCAAGGUUAUUGGCAUGUUGGGGCAGCAAUAAAAUCGACCUUGGCCCAACGACAUGGGAUGCAACAGCAUGGAAAAGAGCGAGCAACGCGGGCCCAAGGGCGAGCGAAAGACACGGCCAGGAAGCAUCCUAUCUAACAGACUAUUAGGUGCACAGAUAAGGGUGGUGCCGAACCGGGGCUGGAUGCCGCUAGCGCAUGGUUCCCCGCGCUGCCUUCUCUGUUUGGGCAGGCUCUAUUAAACAUUAAACAAGGUUUGCUCCACCCACAACGGCCCACCAUUCCACCGAGACUUCCCGCAGAUUGCGCCUUUGAUGGUGGUAGCGAGAGCCUCGCGCGAGGGAAGCCCGAAUCGGUGGCAAUGCUAAGGAACCCAAAGAGGAGCUCGCUUGUAAGGAGAGCCAAAGAAAAAUGCUCUGCCAGAAUGCGCAAAUCAAGAGAAUGAAACGAUGAAAGGAUAAUAUCGAGCGUGUUUGCGAGCAGCGCUAGGCAUAACCGUGUCAACUGUUAGAUCGAAGGGGAACAAAAGUCCCUCCUUAUCCUCGCAUCUCCCUUCCUCUUAGGAAACUGGUAAUUAUGCGACGCUCACCAACGGUUAAUAGUUGUCGACGCCCUCAGCCUCCAGGUCCUCCAUUAGCAAACAGGCUCCGUGGUCUAGGCUUGGCGUCGCCUCGAGCACGUCUUUAGCGUCGGCGCAUAGGCCUGAAUGAGAGCGUGUUGGACUAGUUUGGGGGUGGCCAUGUGAAGCAGGAGCAGAUAAUGAACGGCUAUGCAAACAACCGAAUUUAGAACUGGGCGGCAUUGUCCGAGGGGCGUUCCCCGUCUUGUUUUUAGCACCUGUCAACAAUACAGAAGGUUAAAUGUCUUGCGCUAGCCACGAGGGAACGAAGAUGGGAUGCAUCCAUUUUGUUUUCAGACAUCGGAUUCCUGCCGCCGGCAGAAUUGGGGUCAUCUUUUCAGCGGCCGUUCAGCUGUACAAUUUUAGUUGCUAAUUUCCCGCUGCGUUUCCUUUUGUGGCGAAGGCCUUUGGUAUCACAAAGUUUGUGAAGGGUGUUUUGCACAACUGGGCUCAGGCGCCGUAUCACACAGAGCAAGGUGAAGGGUUCUUUUGCCAGGUGCUUCCAUUUUUACGCCUCUGUUGCCACACAAUCGUUUUCCCGAUUGUCAUGUAAAUAGCCUGGGGGGAAGCCACAGCGCGAAUAGACCGCCACAGACUCUCCAUGAUAUGGUCACAAACGGAAGACGAGGCAGAAAUGUCCUGUUGGAGGUGUGCCGUUCUCCUCGUGGCAUACAUGAGAGUCGCAUACCCGUCGGUGCAGGCGUAAAAACGAGGCUUGCGGUGCCAAGCAGACCUUUUGAAAAGGAUGUUCGCCAAGAUACUACCAUGGGGGAGACCAACCAACCACGGCUCGGGGAUUGGUCGCAAUGUUCACGGAGUGAAGGGACCUUUGGAGAAGGAGUGACAGGAUGGCGCCCGCUUUCAGGCCUGCAGCGCAGAGAGCUAGCGAUUAAGGUCCACCAAGGAGAGGUUUUAGCAUAUGCGCCACAGCCAUUUUUGGCGGAUGGGUGCCCGUAGAUCCACCCCCGGGAUACCCUGUCCCGCGGUGGCCUCGCUGGUUUCGCUCACUAAGACACCCCACGCCAGGUGCCUGUCCGUCCCAGCUGGUGCCACUGCCAAUCGCGUGGGAAAGCAUAAAAUGUCACGACACACCCUUCCUCUUUUGCUUUCAGAGCAGUGGAAUCUUCUCGGCAGUUCCAUUGUUGUCAUUGUUGGCUUUGUUGUUGUUGUCUUGGACCGUGUCGCCAACAAGUUCAAGCUUCACACAGCUAGUCUAUUAUACCCUACUUUGGCAGAACAUUUGCCCACGCAUUGCAUACCACAAUCAUGGCUGAACACCGUGAGAAUCGGGACGAGCAUGUCAUCGCUCCCGAGCCUCAGGGCGGAGUGUUUGACGAGAAGAAUCUCGCAAAGGCCACCACACAUGACAGAGAAGUCAUGGAGCAUACCGACAAUCAGCAGGCAGAGCGUGAUCUCAAUGUCACCGAGGACGAUCUGCUCGAAGCAAAGGAGCUGGCCGCAUCCUACACGCUUGAGCAAACUCGCGCUAUGAUGCAGCAGGUCUGGAACUUGCACAAACGUGACCCCAACUUCCCCCAGUCUAUUCUAAACACCAUUGAGGAAUUCUUGGGCAACGACAACAUCAUGGAAAACCCUGAGAAGCACGAGCAGCUCAUCAACGAAAUGAAGAUUGAAGCCGCGCUCAUCACAAACAACUCCCCUUACGCCGAGGUCCGCUCCGUCGUCGACAACCACGACGAUCCCAACAUGCCCUGCUCCACCAUCCGCGCCUGGGUCAUUGGCAUCUUCUUUAGCUGUGCCAUUGCCUUCCUCAAUGGUUUCUUUGAAAUCAGAUACCCCUCCAUCACUGUGACCCAAAACGUUCCUCAGCUGCUCGCCUACCCCGUCGGCGUCCUCUGCGCCAAGUUCCUACCAGACUGGGGCUUUACCAUGUUUGGUGUCCGUCACAGCCUCAACCCGGGCCCCUUCAACAAGAAGGAGCACAUGCUCAUCACCAUCAUGGCCAGCAUUUCCAAGUCAUCCCCCUACACCAACUAUCUGGUUUGGAUUCAGUACCUUGACCAGUGGUUCGGCCAAGCCUGGGCACUUAGCUUCGGCUACCAGAUCCUGAUCGCCCUCUCUACCAACUUCAUCGGUUACAGCAUGGCUGGUCUUUGCAGACGUUUCUUGGUCUACCCAGCUUACUGUGUCUGGCCCGAGUCGUUGGUCACUAUUGCUCUCAACACUGCCUUCCACAGCGACGACAACCCCACUGUCUUGGGUCCGUUCAAGAAGAUGUGGGCUAUGUCACGCAUGAAGUUCUUCGCCAUCACCUUCAUUGGCAUGUUCCUCUUCUUCUGGCUUCCCAAUACCGUCUUCCUUGCUCUUAGCACCUUUGCCUGGAUGGCUUGGAUCGCUCCCAAAAACAGGGAUCUUGCUACCAUUACCAGCAACGCUGCCUCUGUCGGACUCGGCUUUAACCCGUUGCCAACUUUCGAUUGGACCGCCAUCACCUAUGUUGUUGACCCCCUCAUGGUUCCUUUCUUUUCCACCUUCAACACCUUCAUUGGCAUGUUCUUCUCUGGUUUCAUCAUCAUGGCUCUCUACUAUACCAACACCUGGGGUACUGCUUCCAUCCCCAUCACUUCCAACAAGCCAUGGGAUCGAUUCGGAGUCAAGUACAAGGUUCGCACCAUUCUUGACGAGCACGGCAUCAUUGACAUGGAGAAAUAUAACGCAUACUCUGCUCCCUAUCUCUCGGCAGGCAGCAUCACUUCCUACAUGUUCUUCUUCGCUGCUUACAGUGGUGUCCUCACGUAUGCUGCUCUCUAUCACCGUGUCGAAAUCAUGAUGGGUUUCCGCAACCUGGUUGACAGCUUCCGCCCUUCUAAGAAGAAGGAGGUUGAGGAUGGUCGCAUUCUCGAUGUUCACAACCGUCUCAUGCAAUCCUACAAAGAAGUUCCUGAGUGGUGGUACUUCAUUACCCUCGUCCUGUCCGUUGCCUGCGGCUGUGCUGCCAUCGCCGCCUGGCCAACUUACACCUCCGUGGGUGUCGUUUUCUACGGUAUUCUCCUCUGCGCCAUCUUUGUCAUCCCUACCGGUAUUGUCUACGGUAUGACUGGUAUUCAAGUCACGCUCAAUGUGUUGGCUGAAUUCAUCGGUGGUUCGUUCGUCGAGGGCAACGCCUUGGCCAUGUGCUUCUUCAAGUCCUACGGAUACGUCACCUGUGCUCAUGCUCUCUCAUUCAGCAAGGACCUUAAGCUUGCUCACUACGUCAAGAUUGCCCCAAGAUUCACGUUCUGGGCUCAAAUGGUCCCUACCCUAGUGACCACGUUCCUCUACGUCGGCAUUGUCCAGUACCAGGUGCACCUAAAGAACGUUUGCACUUCAGAGGCCCCCUUCGCGUUCACUUGCCCUGGUGAGAACACCUUCUUUACAGCUGCCGUUCUCUGGGGUACCGUUGGUCCCAAGAGACUCUGGGGUGUUGGUGGUACAUAUUCACCCACUCUCAUUGGAUUCCCUCUCGGUGUCGUCCUCGUCCUCGUUUUCUACUUCCUUAACAAGGCUUUCCCCCGAAGCGCCUUUCUCCGCAAUGCUCACCCCGUUGUCAUGAUUGCUGGUGUCUUGAACUGGGCUCCGUACAACCUUGCAUUCAUCUGGCCUGCUGUUCCCGUUGCUGCCUUUUCGUGGCUUUGGAUCAAGCGCACCUUCCUGGGUCUCUGGUCAAAGUACAACUUUGUUCUUUCAGCGUCCUUCUCUGCCGCAUGCGCCCUUUCUGCUCUCAUUCAGUUCUUCAGCAUCGCCUACAAUGACGUUCCCAUCAAAUGGUGGGGCAACGAAAUUGUAGAGACUGGUUGCUACUCCGAAGGCUGCCUUCUCAAGCCUAUGGCCAAGGGACAGUCCUUCGCACCUGCACCAAACGGAACUUGGUAGUCAAGAGGCCAUUAGGAAAAUGUGUAAUGUUGAAACUUUAUAUAUUGCCUGGAGCAUUUAUGAAUUUGCUCAUUUAUGAUUUAUGCGCCUACAUAUAGGGCAGUAGGUUCAUUAUCUUUGUAUUUAGGUGUACCUAGUUUGAAUAUACCAGAGUAGUCCCUUAGGGCGAUCUACAAAUCGGUGAUCUGAAGUCUUGUCUCCUCCGUAGUCGUCGUACAGCAGCUACUACGGCUUGAGUAUACCUACACUAAGUACUCUCAUCAAAUCCCAGAGAGUAUAGACAUCAAGCAAUCGCUAGGUCCAAGUCUAUCUCCAGCAUACAUGUCACAGAGCAAUGAGGUGAAACGUAAUUCAAGUUUAAAAAAAUUUGUAAU